CGUGAUUUGCCAUUAGCCGUGCUGAGUCAUUAACACAACGCUGAGUCAGCGCAUGACGCUUCCCCUUCUCGACUUCUCCUGUUCUCCGCGCCGCAAAUCCAGGGACUCUGCGUCGCCAGUUGACAAGAAUCCCGUCGAUCUGUCUUAGGAAACGGUUCUCUGGUCCUCAGUCGGAUUGCAUCGGCCAUGGCAUGAUGCACCCUUUUUUGAAGCGAGCGACAGUCGGGUGCUGCAGCAGUUGAUCAUCUCCCCUCCCCAUAUCGGACGGAACCUCCGCAUCUCGUAUUUGCCCUUCGGUCGAAUGAAAAUCACCCCGUUACCAAGUCCCCAACGGUAAUCGGCAAGGAGAAAAGAAAACGAAAAAAGAAGGGGUGCAAGAACAGAAAUUUUUUAUCAGUAUACAUCUUCCCCGGAUUAUGGGAUCGCCAUAUCAAUCGUCCAUGUCCUCAUUCUCGCCUGCUGGUUCCGGCUCUGACAUGCUGGCUGCAGCCGCAGCCAGGUCCGUCUCGGACCUCCCGCAGUCCCAAGUGGAUGCAAUUAUCCGCACAAAACGGAAGGCUCGCGAACCUAAAGCAUGUUACCCUUGUCAUGCGCGAAAAGUGAAAUGUGAUCGAAACCUACCCUGCGAUGGCUGUGUCAAGCGCGAUCAUGCAGAUCUUUGCUCCUACGAGCGUCCCUCGAAGAAGCGCAUUGUUCCUGACUCCCCAGCUUUCGGAGAAAGUCCUGUUGGAGCAGCAGCUCCAGGGCUGCCGGAACACAUAGGGGCGAUCGGUCACGAUGGCCAUCCUGUGAAAUCAGAAAUUCCUUCGGGUCGGCACGAUGCACUUGCAGGCUCUGGUCCCGGUGCCCAACCUGGACGAGUAUCAAUCCCGCGCGAAGAAUGGGAAAACGUCUGCAAAAGGCUAAAGGACAUGGAGAGGACUAUAUCGAACCUACGUGUGGGCAUGGAGAAAGUGGACGAAGGUGGACACAUCCCAGCUUCGGCCUUAGAAACCGGCAGUGUACAGAGCGGUGGUGAUGGAGCUCGCUCCAAGAUCGGCUCAUCCCCUGACCGCGAAGGAAUACAUGCCGCGAAUACUUUAGGUGAAGGCACAGUACACUUGGGUUCGCGAUCCGUCCUAGCGUAUAUUUUGAACAACAAGUCUGGAUCAGACCAGCUCCAGGCUCUCCUGGAGGGUGGAAUCCUGCCCAAACUUGGUCUUGAUAAUGAGUCUGCAACAUAUCCGUUUGUAGACCUGUGGUCUUCUGAUAUGUCUUCCUUCGAUGUCCAUGCACUGUGCAGUGCGCUCCCGAGCGAUCAGCAAUGCAAGGAAUUCUUCUUCUAUUACAGGGAUAUUGCGGGUGCAAUAUACCCAGUCUUGCCAAAUUUCCAGCAAUUUGAAAUCAGCCUUGACCUUCUCUUACAAAGAAGAGCCUCCAUGGGUGGGAUCUACCAUACUGAUAGUGACCCAACACAAGGUGCAUUCGGUGUGAGUUUAGCCUACUUGGGUCUGCUUUUUGCGGUUCUGGCAUCGGGCUGUCAAUCGUCUGAUUUGCCUGCCAAGGAAAGAGAGUUGACCUCCCAAGUUUAUGGUAUGAUGCGCUGUCUCUUUCCUUUGUCUACUGCGCUCCUAUUCUAUGGAUGGUCUUACCUGAAAAAAAAAAAAAAUUCAUUAGUUUGCUGCUCCUACCAAUGCCUACGAAUGACGAAUUUCCUAUCGCAACCUUCUGUCGAAGCUAUACAGACAUUACUCGUGAUCGGAAAUGUACUUUCCUACAACAUGAAUCCAGGUGUCUCCUAUGUUCUUCUUGGGAUGACACUGCGAAUGGGAUUGGCGCUUGGUCUGCACGUCGAAUCGAGUCGAUUCUCACCGAUGGAGCAAUAUCAUAGACGAUUUGUUUGGUGGUCCAUGGCAUGGCAAGAUAGCCAUUUCUCCUUAUCCUACGAUCGACCAUCCACGACGGCUGUCAGUCAGCCAAACAUCGCCUACCGAUUAGAUUCACAACCCGGAGAACGCACAUACUUUGAGACUCUCACGCGGAUCGUAUCCUUGGUUCUGGAAGUCGUCCGUGGCCGGAUGUUAAGCCCCAAUUCCCAGUUGACCUUUAAGGCGAUCCAAGCAUACAAGGAGAACAUUCAAAAGAUUUGGACCGAAUCGAAGCCGCAUCUGCGGGACCGUAAAUACUGUCUUACGGCGACACAGCAUCUUGAGCGUGUAGUCCUGAAGCUACAUGCAUCAUAUUUUACCUCCGAACUCUGCCGGCCAGCUAUCAAACCCACGGUGGACUUGAAUGAUCCAGCUACCACGGCAAUGCGUGCGGACUGCAUUUCGAAUCUGAUGGCCACAGUUGAGGCGUAUAUUGAAAUGCAUACGAUCAGUUCACACGCAUCACGGUCCUGGAUCACGAUGCAACGAGCCGUUAGUUCAGCGUUCCUUCUGGCAGUGAUCGAGGAAUCUAAGCUCGAUCCACGCAUCUGGAGUCUACUACGACAACUGGAGGUCAUUAUUGCAGAACGUGCCCAUGCUGAACGAGAUUUUGAGACAGCUGACGGCCAUCCGGAUGCUAACGUACAGCGCAUGCCUCAGGGAUAUGACGCGAAUGCGUCCACCUCGGGUAUUAGUCCGUCUGCGGUCAAUGCUACAUCGCCUGUUCCAGUACCCGAUCCGCAAACUCAAUGGGCAAAACCUCUCACCAAGACUCUUCGUGCUCUUCAGAAGCUGAAUAGUGCCUUUAGCGCUCAGACUUCACGACCGGCUGCCCCUAGUGGGGCAUCGACCUUAUAUCCUACAACCGGCGCCAGUCCGACAACGAUGAGUGCGCGUCUCGUACCCGUACAAAGUGGCUUAACACCCACGACAGGAUCUCUUCCACCCCCAACACCGGAAAGCUCAACGAGCGGGGAAUGGACAGUUCCCAAUCUCCUGGACCGAGCAGCAGAGUACAUCCAUCCGCCCCUGUGGGGUUAGAAGUAAGGACAAACAGGAAGCCUUUUUUGGUCCCCCUUUUUAUUCCAUUUCUGUCACUUCUUUAUUUUUCAAGCGGUAUAAUUCCGUUUAGUUUCAAUGAUCAACAUAUAUAUAUGACAUGGGAAGCACUGGAAGUCUCGGAUGAUUUUUAUCUUUUGUGACCUGUUCUUUUUCCAUUUAUCUUCUUAUCACCGUCUAACUUUUUUUUGCCUUCCGUCUAUUUUACCUAUUUUAAGAACAAAAAAGGCAUGGCAUACGUGUCCACAUUGUGCGGGAAUCGGGUUUUGUGCGAGGGAUUGGAAGAAAAGGCGUCCGUCUGUCUAUCAGCAGUUCAGUCAUUGAAUUCAUUUCAUUUUAUCAAUUCCAUUACUGUCUGUCUUAUUCCUACUCAACGAGAUCGGAAGGGAGAAAAGGAGUUUUAUUUUCUUUUUCUUUUUCCUGGGAUAUAUAUAUAUAUAUAGUCUUGAAAACCUCCUGUUAAGGCGCAUUCGUUACGGAAAGGCUGGCGAGACUUGGGUUUGCUGAUAGAACAUGUGAGAUUAUAUAUACAGGAAUACGUUCGGAUAUCCCUGGCAUUGCAUAAGAUACUGAGCCUCCUAUUUGACUCGAGACCACUCUCACUUGGGAAGACAAGGGUGUAUCGUUCCAAGUUAAUCUGAAAGGAGAGACCAAAAUCUACACUCUUCGCAUAGGAAGAAGUACGUUAUCAAUAAUAAUAUAUGUAUGCCUUUGACACAGCACCGUAGACAAUUAAUGCCACGAAAACGCCGUCGCAAUGCAUCCAAAGAAGCACGUUCAUCAACAAAUAUCAUAAACAUGGGAUGCCGCCCAAGCGAACAACCAAAAAGCCGCAUUCGUUCCCAAAUUGAAAAUCCCAAAACCCAAGUUCGUUAAUGACAUGUUGUGCCCACAGAGGCGUGUCCAGACGGCCGCAGCUAUGGUUACGGUCUGUGUUUGCCGUUUCUUGUUGACCUUGAAGGUCGAAUAUGAGUUCCUGUUGAUGUUGGGGUUUCGUUCGCCAGUGUCUCCGGAUCCUUCUGGCCGUACCGACGAGCGGAUCUGCCGGGUCUGACUCGACCCAUAGCCCGACGCAAUAGACCGUCUGCUUCGUCAUCGAGCUCCAUUUCCAUUCUUUCCUCCAAAGUUCCUGAUUCUGGUUCCUGCUGGGUAGCGUCAUAUUCUUCCUCGUGCCGCGCUUGCCUAGCCGACAAACCUCUCCGCCUUGUCACAUCCUCCGAGGCCUGCUUUCCCUUACCUUUGUCUCGAGGCCUUGUGGAACCCCGAGUCCCCGAUGUAGACGCUUUGGGUAGCUCCGGCUCAGGGGGUGACUUGUCCUUUUCACGUCCUUCAAGGGCCCAGAUCUCCAGCGCACGCGACAAUAAUGUGCCAGCUACGCCAGCCCCCCCCGCUGCAUCACCGCCUCCACUGGCUCCCAGGACACGCACGGCUUCGUGUAGCGCGGUCACUGCGUCCGUGGUGCGGCCCAGUUCCAACAAGACUAGGCCUCUGGAUGUGUGGAGUGAACCGAUCAAACCGCGAUCCUCGUAGCCGCCUACGCCCGACGACAAAGAUACACCCGCUGCACUGCCGCCGCUACCACCGAGAAACGGGCUGUAGCCCAUGCUUGCACCUCCCGCACCGAUGCGAAGGCAUUCAUCGAAUUCUGCCAAGGCAUCGUUAAAACGCCCGAUACGUCGCAAUGCAUGGCCAAGGUUCGCACGUGUAGCUACCCAGGCGCCUGCUUCACAAUUGAGGGAUGCAGCCAAGCUGAGCGACUGACGGAAGAGCUCUACGGCGGCAUCGAGAUGGUCCUGGUGAUACAGGACAACCCCCAACUCGUUCAGGACUAAAGGAUCACCCCCGAGCAAAGGGAGCCCGGCAGACGGUUCCGCAGAGAUGACGGGAACAUUCCCGGAUGCAGAGCCAGUGGACAUGGCAUAGGCGGCAGAUAGAUACUCGUGGGCGAGAGACAUGUUAUUCAAGGCCAGAUGUUGCAUCCCGAGGAACAACUGUGGCAGAUGGCUUCCUUGGAAUAGUCGGGCAGCUGUGCUGUAGCCAGCAAUGGCCUGAUCGUGUUCGCCUUCGGCGGCAAACGUAUGAGCAAACCCAAUCCAUGCUGGGGCCGAAUGCGGAUCCAAUAAGGAAGCCUUGGAAAAGAAGCGUCGUG